AUCGACACCAACAGGUCUCGCAUCGUAUUGCAUUUAUCAUCGCCUUUGGCACAUCAGAGACUACCAAUACUUCGUCUUCGCUUACAGUCUUUAUCAGACCAACCUUUAAGAUGCUCUUCACCACCGUCCUCCUCGCAGGCAUCGCCUCCGCCGCCCCGGCCUUCGUCGCUCGCCAAGUUACCACCGGGUUCGAUCCCUGGGAGAUCACCUUCGCCUCCGCAGGCAGUCCAUCCGGCCGCCCUGGCAGCGGCACCACCAGUAGCCUCCAAAUCAACAUCAAACAGCCUAACACAAUCCUUCUUCAGCAGGUCCCUAGAGGCUACAGCAGUUUUCCCGCCUUCGAGGCCUCCUGCUCAUGGAGCUGGGAGGCCGCAGGGAACAACUUCCCUGUCGGCGUCGAGACUCUCUGCAGCACUAUCGGUGAUACCACUACGUACGGCAACUUCACCAUGACGCUGGCUGGGACUUCUCAGAGCGAUUUUACGGUGUCUAUCAAGGAGACGAGGGAGGUGACUAUCUUUCAGCAGAGAUAUGUUCGGGUGUUUGAGGGAGAGCAGGCGCUCAAGGUUGGAGACGGCGUCUGGAGGCAGAUCUGUGGUGGGAGUGGAGUUUGCAAUUGGCAGGUCAUAGAGGGAUUGCUUCCGAUUGAGGUGCAGCAAGAUUUGACGACGAGUAUUGGGAGCUGUGAGGAAGCUAGCAUUGGCGGAUGUUGAGCUGACCGUGUAAGGUAAUGGAUGGUCGAAGAAAGGAAGACUCCAUGUGCGCUUCCGUUGUCAAAACAGACGUGAGCAAGAGCAGAAUAGAAUAUAAAUCUACUUGUUCAAACCAGUGGAGACUGACUGAGUGUACAACUGGUGUCGCGGUUGGUGGAUCUUAAGUCGUACGAGUAA